AUGACGAUUCUCUGCGAAGCCUGCGAUAUUGGUCAACCUGACGCAAGAACUGAGCACGCAACAUAUCUCCCUUUGCUUGCGCCCACCGAUGAGGACGAUGAUGCUAGCAACAAGCAGGCAGCCACUAUUGAUGGCAAAGAGCAGUCGACGUGCCACGCGGCCGCCCGCGACGCCGAGGACGACGACAUCAAGCAGCCGUCGCCGCCGCCGCCUCCUGAGAAAACCUACAGGGAAGGUGACGUGGUCGACUUUUUCAAAGCCCUACGUUUUUGCCGACCCGGGCCCUCGGUGGAGCUACUGGCCGUGUACCCAUACUUCCCCUUCGUCGGCGACAUCAUUGUCGCCGACGAGAACGGCGGCCAAUACGUCUACCACCAGGAAGAAGGCGAACCUCUCCACAACCUCGACCCCGAGGACAAUCUGGUGCUCACGGGGCCAUUCCAGACCAUCUCGGGAUUCGGCAGCGGCGUCAUGAGAAUCAAGAUCCCCGACAGAGAUAGGCCUGGCAUUUACGACACCGCCGAUCUAUGGUUUGGCCCAAGUAACACGGAGGACGACGAGCACGAAGACCGCCUCAUCACGACACGUUAUGGCCGCCACCUCGUCGUGUCAUAUGUCACGAUGAGGGAAGGCCUGGAGGUCAAUGUUCGGGUCAGCAUCCGCCUCUUUGGUGGCGGCGAUGAUGCAUCUCACACCAUGGACGUGUACGGUCAGAUCACCGCGCAUAACCGGAUCUUCGAGGACGACAGUUUGCUCCUCUUCUACUAUGCGGAGGAGGAGAAGGUGCAGCUCACCCCUUCCGCUGGCGGCGAUGGCAGUGUGCACCUGCGGCAGAUGCAGCGGUACAAUGUUACGGUGCCCAUCAAUCCACAGCCAUUUCUUACGAUUAAGGUGAACUUGAAGGUGACAAGUCCGAGCAACGAGAGCGCUACCAUCGCCUUCAAGGGCGAUGUCGAGUUCCCUCUUGACAUGGCCCAACGUGUUCGGGCAAUCCGCACGGAGCACGGCGAGGUUCAAGUCCGUAUCUCGUACAAUUGA